UGCAAGAUGUGUAUGUGAAAGGAAUAGACUUGUCAAUGGCGGACGAAGAGAGCGAGACGUCGGACGAGAGUUUGGACGCGGGAAGCGAGAAAUUCGACCCGUUGAAAGCGUUAUACUCGCCCAAAGUGCGAUUGGCGUCCUCCGCGCCGAUCUAUGACAAUGUCUCGAAAUUCGAGUCCGUUCUGAAGAACGUCAACGCGCCGACGAAAAGUGAUAAAUCGGCGGUGCCAGAAUCCUCGAGGCGAAGAUUUCUAUCGCAUCAAGAACCUGUGGUCAGAAGAAGACAUGGACGGAAGAACGUACUCUCGAAAAUGCAAAAGACUCUCGGCCCGUUAGGAAUGCUUCACGGGUGCAUGGAGGAAAAAAUCCGCGUUAGGGUCUACACCAGGAACGCGCACGGCAUAAGGGGACACGUGGAGGCAUACGUGGCCGCCUUCGACAAGUACUGGAACCUCGCGCUCGAGGACUGCUUCGAGGUCUGGUCCCGCAAAGUCAAGAGAAAAGCGCCCGCUCUCGGUGCUGAUGCAGUCAAGGUAGAGCCGACAGAAAACGAUGUCCCUAGGACGGUAGUGAAGAAGAUCGAGGGAAGGACGGAGACCUUGGAGAGACACGUGCCGCAGAUGUUACUGAGGGGAGAACAAGUCGCUAUAAUCGUCAAAAUCAAUUAACUAUACGUUAUCGCCUUAAGGUUCGUCCACAAGCACAGUCACGUACCAUCAAUUACGCAGCAAAUAUAAUGUUUUUCUGUUACUCGUUAUUUAUUCGUCCUCUACGAUGAAUUUUUAUACGUAAUGUGUUAUACGAUAAAUAUUUUGUGAUGUCUAUAAAUGUUUUAGAAUGUUUAUAUUCGCGCGAAGUUUUCCGUAUUGUAUAACAGCAUUUGAUUUUCUCGAAGUAUCUAGGAAUAUAUUAAUCGGAUAAUGAAAUUCAGCGUCAUCCACUUAUGCGACGACAAUAUAACGUUGCGUCGUGAUCUACAUAACCGGAAUAAAUAUACAUUCAUUUUUACUCCCCCUCAAUGUAUUUUUAUAAUA